AUGUCGGCACAUCACCCGAUACCAGCAGCGCCAUGGCGCUCAGCUUUUCUAUCACACGUUGAUAAGAUGGAAUCUCCAACUUUCAUGCUCAGCACCCUCCACCACCGUGGCUCUUCGGUCACUCCUCGUUCCCGUACCGUCGUGUAUCGAGGCACGUGGGCCGAGAUUCCCGUCAACCCCAAGAACCAGGCACCUCUCAACCCCUCUCUCUACGAGAGUGACCUUCUCACCAUCACCACUGACGCUCGUAUGGAAAAAGUCCCUGAACUAUCAACUGACGGAGAGAAUAUCCCACAGUCUGGCGGCGGUGGGCCUGUUGAAGCGGUCUUCUGGGUCGUAGAGACCAAGACUCAGUGGCGUCUACGUGGCCGCGCCUAUCUUCUUGGCCAAGAUAUCGAUGAUCCAUCAGCCUCACACGUCAGGCAAGAGAUAGAAAAGCACAUGCGCCUCAAAAACAAUGACGACUCGGGUUCCUGGAACUGGGGUAAAGAGAUCACUGCACAUUUCGGAAACUUGAGCCCUGGCAUGCGAGGGUCUUUCCGAAAUCCUCCUCCGGGUACAAAGCGAGACGAAAAGCCCGCCCCUGGACUCGGACUCGGUCAGAAAGUCGACGAUCUAGAUGACGAGAUUGCAAGAAAGAACUUCCGUGUUGUGGUGAUUGUGCCGGAGGAGGUGGACCAGGUUGACCUAAGUGAUCCCGAGGAUGGCAGGAGAUGGAAUUACCAGUUGAAGGAUGGUUCCUGGGAGAAGACUGAGCUGUGGCCUUGA